AUGUUUUCCGUGGAAGAUGAUAGUGAAGAUGAGGAGGAGAAGGUUGCUGAAGGUGUUUAUGGUGGAAGGGCCCCUGCUGGCAUCUUGUCUCAAACCAUGAAUUACGUGGGGCAGCUGGCCGGGCAGGUGAUUGUCACUGUGAAGGAGCUGUACAAGGGCAUUAACCAGGCCACACUGUCUGGCUGCAUCGAUGUUGUGGUGGUGCGGCAGCAGGACGGCUCCUACCAGUGCUCACCCUUCCACGUGCGCUUCGGGAAGCUGGGCGUCCUGCGGUCCAAAGAGAAAGUGAUUGACAUAGAAAUCAAUGGCGAUGCAGUGGAUCUUCACAUGAAAUUGGGUGACAAUGGGGAGGCUUUCUUUGUGGAGGAGACCGAAGAGGAAUAUGAAGAGCUUCCUGCUUACCUCGCCACCUCACCAAUCCCUACUGAAGAUCAGUUCUUUACAGAUAUUGACCCCCCUUUGGUGAAACCAGGUGGAAGUGAAAGACCAUCACAGAGUUCAGAUGUCUCCCACGUUCUAGAAACAGAGACAGUUUUCACCCCCAGUUCUGUGAAAAAGAAAAAACGAAGGAGGAAGAAAUGCAAACAGGACAGUAAGAAGGACGAGCAGGCCGCUUCCCCUGCUGCAGAAGACGCCGUGGGUGUGGAGCUGAGCUCGGAUGACGACGAGGCGGCCCAGUCGGCAAGAGGAUCUUCAAAUGCUUCCUUAAAGGGAGAAGAAUACAAGGAGCCUCUGCUUUUCCGUUCUGGAGACCACUACCCCUUAUCUGAUGGGGACUGGUCCCCCUUAGACACCCCCUACUCCCCAGCGGCGUGUCCUAAGAGCGACUCAGAGCUGGAGGUGAAACCCGCCGGGAGCCUGCUCAGAUCCGAGUCCCACAUGGAGUGGACGUGGGGAGGGUUCCCAGAGUCCACCAAGGUCAGCAAAAGAGAGAGAUCGAGGACAGCUAUGAUUACUCCAUCAGAAAAUACCCAUUUUCGGGUAAUUCCCAGCGAGGACAACCUCCUAAGUGAAGUUGAGAAGGAUGCUUCUGUGGGGGAGAUGGUCUGUACCAUCGUGAAGCCUAAGCCCCGGGCCCCAGGGAAGCAGAGGAGUGGAGCAGCCCUGGCAUCGGGGCCUCGGGAGCCCCCCGAGGGGUCAGAUGCCCACCACCCUCCUCCCGCGUCCUUCGCCGAGGCACCCUCAGAAGCUAAACCAGCUGCUAAAGUCGACUCACCCUCAAAGAAAAGAGGUGUCCACAAGAGGAGCCAACACCAGGGACCUGAUGAUAUAUACCUGGAUGACCUAAAGGCACUAGAACCUGAGGUUGCAGCUCUCUAUUUCCCCAAAAGCGAGUCGGAGCCCGGCUCCAGGCAGUGGCCCGAGUCCGACACGCUCUCUGGCUCCCAGUCCCCACAGUCUGUGGGCAGCGCGGCCGCCGACAGCGGCACCGAGUGCCUCUCAGACUCUGCCAUGGACUUGCCCGACGUCACCCUGUCCCUCUGCGGGGGCCUCAGUGAGAACGGAGAGAUUUCUAAAGAGAAAUUUAUGGAGCAUAUCAUUACUUACCAUGAAUUUGCAGAAAACCCCGGACUUAUCGACAAUCCCAACCUUGUAAUACGGAUAUAUAACCGUUACUACAACUGGGCGUUGGCGGCUCCCAUGAUCCUCAGCCUGCAGGUCUUCCAGAAGAGCUUACCUAAGGCCACAGUUGAGUCCUGGGUCAAAGAUAAGAUGCCAAAGAAAUCUGGUCGCUGGUGGUUUUGGCGUAAGAGAGAGAGCAUAACCAAACAGCUGCCAGAGGCCAAGGAAUGGAAAUCGGAGGUGCCGCCGCCCAUCGACCGGCCGUCGAGCGCGAAGGAGCCGGCCAAUGGCAGGCCAGCUGAGGAAGACUCAUCGAGUGACGAGGGGUCCCAGGAGCUGGAAGAAUCCAUCCAAGUGGACCCCAUCCCUACGGAGCCGCUGAGCCACAGCAGCACCACCUCCUAUAAGAAGUCUCUUCGUCUGUCCUCAGACCAGAUCGCAAAACUGAAGCUCCAAGAUGGCCCAAAUGACGUCGUGUUUAGCAUUACAACCCAGUAUCAGGGCACCUGCCGCUGUGCGGGGACCAUUUACCUGUGGGACUGGAACGAUAAGGUCAUCAUUUCUGACAUCGACGGGACGAUAACCAAGUCUGAUGCUUUAGGACAGAUCCUUCCACAGCUGGGUAAAGACUGGACUCAUCAGGGUAUCGCAAAGCUCUACCAUUCCAUCAAUGAGAAUGGCUACAAGUUCCUAUACUGCUCCGCCCGCGCCAUCGGCAUGGCCGACAUGACCCGCGGCUACCUGCACUGGGUCAACGACAAGGGCACAAUCCUGCCCCGCGGCCCCCUCAUGCUGUCCCCCAGCAGCCUGUUCUCCGCCUUCCACAGGGAAGUAAUAGAAAAGAAACCAGAGAAGUUCAAAAUUGAGUGUCUAAAUGAUAUCAAGAAUCUCUUUGCCCCGUCUAAGCAGCCGUUCUAUGCAGCCUUUGGAAACCGUCCAAACGAUGUCUACGCUUACACACAAGUUGGAGUUCCAGACUGCAGGAUCUUCACUGUGAACCCCAAGGGUGAGCUGAUACAAGAAAGGACCAAAGGAAACAAGUCAUCGUAUCACAGACUGAGCGAGCUCGUGGAACACGUGUUCCCACUUCUCAACAAGGAACAGAAUUCUGCCUUUCCGUGCCCGGAGUUCAGCUCCUUCUGCUACUGGCGAGACCCGAUCCCUGAGGUGGACCUGGACGACCUGGCCUGAGGCCGCACCUCCAGCGGGAGGCCCUCCGUCACUCGCCUCGCAGCAAGGGAAGGUGACCAGCUCUUCUGCUGGACAGAGGACAUGGGGGUCCCCUCCCGGCCACAGGUGUGGGACAAGACGUGCUGACAGUCGGGCACCAGCAGGGACGGGAAAGCUGCUGGGGCUGGAACCGCCUUCCCCCUUCCCCCUCCCGGAC